UGGAGGGAAAUUCGAAAGAAAGGGGAAAAAAACCGUUAUAAAUUUUAUACAAAUACUCACUUUAUUUGUUUUUAGAGUGUUUGGGAUAAAUAUACACUUAUUAUCAAUAACAGAAAUUGAUUCGUUAUUGAUAAAUAAUAAAGUUUUCCUUCUUUUUUUGGGUCUGUUUAAACGCCUGGCUUCUAUCACAGGGUUCCAUCUCAGGUUGCUAGCUUCUUUGCUAACAAACAUGACUCGGUAUUUUUUUCCCCCCCGGUACAGUAAGUCUUUUUAAUGUUUUAGAUUAAUUUAAGUCUUUGUUUUUACUCCCAACAUGCUUAUUAUUUUAUAAUUUUACCACUGGACGUGAAUUUCUGACCGUUAUUUCGGAAUUCUGUCGGUGUUUAGCGAGCUAGCUCAAACCAACAUGUCCUCAUUUCCAACAUGAAGUGUUUCAGUGAUUUUAAAAAGCAGUAAACGUGGAGCAUCUGAAGUCUCUCAUAAUAGACACCAAACAUGGAGGUGAAGUUCGAGGUGUUGGUGUCGUCCAGCAUCAAGAGGAAAAAACCAUGGCCGAGAUUUUGUUGGCUGGGAAAGGAGAAAGAAGGUGUCUUUCUUUUGGAUGACAAUCGAAUCAGCGAAAUCAGUUUACGCUCAGGACAGACCAAGAAGAAGAUCCCAAAACUGCAGCAACUACUACCAAACGUACUGACAAUGUCCAGCUCUCAAAAUGGUAUCUGGCUCGCUGGUAUAUUAGUCUCCGGAGAGGUGUUUCUGUGGAACAGAGACAAAGAUUCUUUAAAGAUGGUCCCAUCUGUGCCUGCGGUGUAUGAGUUGACCUCUGCUGCUAAAGCGAACUCCCGGCGCCUGUCUCUGCUGGUCUCAGGGGACGGACGGAGGGUUCUCGUGGCCUCUUUGACAGGACAGCUUUUCCUCUGGGAAUGCCUGGUGCCUCAGGAGCUAAACAGCUUUCGGGAUAACACCGUCAAGGGCCGCUGGAGUCAGAUAGCACCCUCGGAAACGUCACAGCUUCCUUCUGUGAAAGACAAGGAAGCGUGUCUUCACUGCGUGUUUGUCCAAAGCCAGGCUGUAGGUGAUGUGUGCCUGAGUGCUUUUGUCUUCACUAUUGGAGAACACCUGAUUGUCACCUUCCUGAAGAUUCAAUGGGAAGAGACGUGGCAAAAAAGUUUGAAAGAAUACAGUGUCAAUUGGGUCACUAAAUCCUACCCUCUCGGCCAUCUCGUGCCUCCGUGUCGGCCUGUGAAGUCAAGAGGUGCGCUAGUACCGGCGUUCUCGCCCGAUGGACAACUGUUUGCAAUAAUCCUUAACCAGAAAGACCCAAGGGCUACUCAGGCAUUAUUCAUAAGCGUGCAGAACUUUGUGACCGUAUCCAGCUCACUAGGAGGAUGUGGCAGUAAAAAAUUCUCGAUUCCACCCAAAUAUGUGAGGUCGUACUGGGUGAGCUGUGCGAGUUGGACGCCGGAAGGUCUCUAUCUAGUGUGUAUACUGAAGAGAGGCUCUGUUUUGAUGCUGGCUCGAUUAGGAGGGCUGGUCUCUCUGUCCACGAGUGGGUGUGAUAUUGAGUUUGGCCCCGCACACUUCCUUCCUCUUCAUCCAUUAGUCACUUACAGACCUCCAGUGCCUUCACAGCCACCAGAUGACGCCUUGUCCAGCUCCAGCGUGUCUCUCCGUGACCCGAUGAGACAGCGUUAUUCUGUGACCUGGCACCCGAGGCUGCCUUGUCUCAUUGUGUCUGACGGCUACAUGGUGACGGCGCUGAACAUGUCCAGCCGGCCUGCCUCUUCCUUACUGAUGAGCAGCGUCCUGAUGGAGACGACUCAGGCGCUGGAGAGACUGCGCAAGAUCAUCCACUCAGAGUUGCCCCAGGUGAAGUCCAGACUGGAGUCCAUGUCCACUCUGAAGUUCACAGCCAGUCUGUUGGUGCUGAAAGAAAGAGAGACGCCUGAAUCGAUGCUCCCUCUGUUUUUACGAAGCGGAAGAAGCACAGGAGGCUCGAGGCUGAUGACCGAGAGGAUUGAGGAUGACGACGGUGAUGACUCGGAUGAUGAUCAUUGCGCCGGCUCGGUGAUGCAGGACGGGGGCCGGCUAGAAUUCGCCUCAAUGUUUGACACCCUUCAUGCCCAGUCCGAGGCUGAGUUGGAAGAUUCAGACCGAGGUUCCUCGGCUCUGUUGGAGGAACUGACCAGGGCACAGCGGAGUUUGCUAACCGCCUGGGCUCUUGGUGUUUCUCUCGGUGGUGCUAUGGAUCAACGAGAGCGUAUGCUGAAAUACACCGUCACCUGCGCUGUUCGCUUAGCUCGCCUUCUCUGGAUUGCCAAUCCAUUGAUACUGCCUUACAAACAAGAUGGCGUGUUUGAAUUUUUCAGGUCUCUACUGUCCUUUCUGCCAUGGGAUUCCUCCCACCAAGGUGGCACCAGCUGCCUAGGGGUCGUUUUGGAUCUCGCUCGACGUUUUGUUAAUCUUUUUCUCCCGUCAUCCUUGCAUGCCGUUUGUUCCUCUCAGAACUUCAUGGCAGCUCUUUUUGUCCUCCGGGCAGCAUCUAAGGUUCUAGACCAGACGCACAGUCUAUCUCAGAAAGCAGUGCAGCGAGAAAAGGGCCCUCCUUGUCCCUCAGACAUCUUCUCCAUCCCGCUGUUACAGGAUGACGAGGAUGCUGAAACUGUGAGCUCUCGGAUAUCAGAUAUAAACAAACCCUCGGUUAGAUUGGUGGAAAUAUGGCGAGAAAUCUACGGACAAGCCUUGCAGUUCCAGAACAAGUUACGGAGCGAUAGUAGUUUAGUGAAUCGAAAUAAAGAACUGGAGAACAUGUCGAAGGUCAUUUCUCAAAUCCAAGAAUCGCUACAGAAAGCCGGAGACGACCUGGAGGAAGGUCCUGCCCUGUACAGCAUAACAGGAGAGGAGCAUUUCAUUUCUGGUGAGUACAGUGAGUGCAUCCAGGUUUGGCGAGACCAGCUGUGGGAAGAGAGAGCGCGAGCUGGGCCAAGGACGGUCUUCCUGGAGACGCGCUACUGUCUGGCGCUUCUGUUUGGCCAGCUGUUUCAGUAUAGAUUAAGGGAGGCCCAGGCCUUGUGUGACGCCAUGGUCAAGCAGCUACUGACUGUAGAAGAUAUUGUCGACGAGACUCCGUUUGAGUUGUGGCUCCCACAGCGGGUGAACAGCGAGGCUGCCUGUGCUGUGGUCCAGUCUCUCGGCAGGUUCAUGGCAUCUUACUUCACCAACCAGCCACUGGUCAUCUUCCCACCACACAACGUGGACGUCCUGCCUCCUUUACAUCUGCCACAGUUGACAGGGCAACGCACGGUGGCUCUCUGUCAGAGGCAGGUGGCGGCCGCCGUGAGAUCGCAGCACCUCUCGGGUGUGUGGACAGUAGAGUAUGCACUGGAGCUCCUCCUGGUGGGUGGGCUGAUUCCCGAAGCAGCAUGGUUGGCUCAGAGUUUGGGUGAUUGGAAGAUGGCUGCCUCUCUUGGUCUGGCUUAUACCACCUACUGCAGACUGCACUAUGAUUUCAGCAGGUUGAAAUGGAGAGAGUUGCAUCUUCCUGUAGAGCUGCAGCCUGGGUUUAUCUUCCAGACUCAGCUGGAGUCAUUAUUGGACUGCAAAGCUUCAUCUGAUAGACAAGACAAGGCCUUCAAAAGCCUUCCAGAUCUUGUGGAGGUCGAGGACAUGGAGGUGCUCCACGUGUCCGCACAGGAAAUCCUGAAGGCGUCGGUCAUGGCAGAGGUGGAUGUUGUGUCACGGCCUCUCGCCAAGCUGCUGGAAUCAGCCAAGGAGCAUGCGUCUUCAUUCACUGCUCUGGUUCCUACUGCGUUCUACCUCCCUGCACCUCCUUUAUACUGUCCACAACCUUCUCUUAACACACAGGACUCCAUCGGUGACAUCUUGUUGGCUUUGGAGAGGGAAUCACGUUGCCAUGUAGCUGCAGUGUUACAACAAGUGCUGCUGCUGUUCAGAGCUGCUCACUGCUCCCGGCCAGCUGUGCAGUGGUACAUCAGUGGCCUGCGUCGAUGCCGUAAACUCUUUCGCAAGGUUAGGAAGGGAAACAUGCAGCCUAAAGACGACCUUCCAGAAGGGUUGAAGAAGUUCACGAAUCGUCACGGGUUUUUUCACUUGGGAUCCAAAGACAUGGACAGUGUCAUCAUUCAAACCAUAGUGUGCUUUAGGGAAUUAUGUGGGCUGUGCUGGAUGCUGCAUGUCCGUGACCAGCUCACAGUGUCCUGUAGAAGGUACCAAGCUACAAGGAACAAGCCUGAAGACUCUCAGGUUACAGAUAACAGCAUGUGUGAAAUGCAGGAGGAGGUCCUGCACUGGGCUUGUCGCCUAAUGCCUUUCUCUCGCUUCCUUAACGCAGAAGAGACGUUACAGGACUUGGUGCUCAGCCUUGUGGCCGAACUGCCCGCUGUUCCACUGGUGGCAGAGACGUUAGUCACUGUGUUUCCUGACGAGGAAGAAUCUGUCCGGGUGCCUCUAAGAGAGAAGUACACUUCACUGCUGCAAGGGUUAAGAUCCAGCACUGUCCAGGCUUCUACAUCAACGCAAGAUACACAGGCAAGUCGUAUGCAAGAGGAAGAGGAGGGAGUGACACUGUUUCUGCUGAUUCAGGAGCAGCGGAGGCAGCGGGUUCGAGAGGGGCGCCGUCUGGCAAAGAGCAAAAUCCCACUAGAGCGACACAUCUGGGAGAGGGAGGAAGAGGACGACGGGGCAGGAGCCAGUGCCAUAUCUGACCGGUUGUCCCAGUGCACGAGUUUGAGUAACAGCACGCUCACAGACUCUGAGCGCCCCCCAGUGGUCAGUGAGGCUGACAUUGCUGAUGCAAUAUUAUCAGAGCCUCAUUCACCGGAACUGCAGAAUGGGCCUCAUCACAGCUCGGUGUCACGCAAACCUCAGAACACUUUCAAAUCAAAAGAUGGAAGUAAAAUAGUUGGAACACAGCAAGAACAUGAAAGUUUGACCUUACCUUCUGUGGGGACAUGGGUGUUUGAGCUUGAGGAUGAGGAGUAUCCAUGCUUUUUGGAGCUCUUCCUUAGCUACAUUUUGGAAAAGGACAGCCUGGACAUGGAGGAAUCUGAGCUUCCUCUGCUGAUUAGUUUCUCAUCAUGUCUGCGUGACAGAGAGCUUCACUCUGACAUCUUUGACAUAUUGACGGCAUUGAAAAGACGGCAGGCUGGCCGGAGAAAGGGUGUGCGGCUUCCUGUGUUCCGUGCUGGCAGCUGCUUUCACAUUCUUCCUGAGCCUCUCGAGCAGCUGCCGUCUGUUGGUCCUCCUCCGUCCGUCCUCGGUGAAACCCACACAGCUCGAACCAGCACAGGUGCUCUGCCUCUUCCUGGGAAGCAGCCAGGUUUGUUUAGCCUCCGACGACAGAAAGAGACGCCACUCGGACAGAAUGUAAUAACCACGGGAUCCAGCUGUGUUCGGAACUUAAUGGAACGCUGGCCCUUUAAGACGGUUUCCUGCCCUGAUCUGGACCUACAGUUGGAGCUGGACUCCAAAUUGGAGGCCCAGUUUUCCCAGCUGGCCAGGCUGCUGGAAUGGAUGCUGCGCUGGGCAGACAGAAGUGUUUUGCUCACUCAUUCCAACAGGAAGAAGACAGGUGGAGCCGUUGAGCCGGUGGUGAUUCGGGCGAAAGCCUCGGCUCCUGCAGUGCUCACCGCUCUGAGCCUGCUGGAGCAGAGAUACACCAAAGCCUUACUGAGGACUGACGAGCACUAUACUCCGAUUACGGUCCCAGAGAGGGAAGCUGAAGCCACUGUGGCUCCAGUCCUGCCACUGGAGUUCGGCUGGAAGCGUGAGAGAGUGAGCAGUGUGGACACUGGCUAUCCUUCCGCCUCAGUAGGGACUCCCAUUACCUUGCCUGAUCUAGACCCCCAGCAUGGACACCCUUCUGAGGCGCGUGAGGUCGAGGAGGUUCAGGACGAGCAGAGUCUUUCUCACUUGGGUGAGCAUGACGACAUGAACACUAGCCUGGAAGUAAAAGAUGGAAUUGUUAGCAGAGUGAAUGAACCACUCCCAGAGGCCGAAUUGGAUGGUGAAAGUAGUAUUAUGGAGAUACUGGAAGAAUCUUCAACUGGGCCAAAUAUCUCAGUACAGAUCAGGAUGAAGAACAAAACACACAGACCCAGAGAUCAGCCUUUAACCUUAGCGGAUUUGGAAUACUCCAAGGCAGCCGACGACUCCUCCUGUGAAUCUCCCCCUGUACAUGAGGCUCCUGAACCUGAGCCUGUUCAGCAGAGAAAGCAGCAGCUCCCCUCGGUGUCAAAUCCUCCAGCUGAACCAGAGUCUGUAAGCCAUUCUCAAAGUGUCCAGAAUGGAGAAAACGUUGACCCUAACCCAGUCAGACAGCUGCUCCAGGAUGAGCUUUUACGAUUAGUACAAUUGCAGCAAAUUAACUUCAUGAGUCUUAUGCAAGUGGUGGGAGCCUCCUUCGCCAGCCUGCCCCUCUACCACGCCAUCUCGCUGGUUCCACAGCUUAAUGUUUCGACAUCGCUACCUGCACAACCACAGACUCAACCCACUGUGGCUCAGUCCUCAGAUCCUCCUCCCCGUGACACCCAAAACACAAGAUUAGCGAAUAAGCCAGACACUGUUUCUCCGCUACAGAGCAGGAAACCCAGAGCUGCUGAUCAGCAGUGGGUGGAAGCAGGUCCUGGACUAAAUAGUCAAGAAGAAAGGAGUAGACUCAACCCUCAGGAGCUCCGACAACUGACCAUUCGUCCUGAUUGCUCACAGGAAGAAAGAAUUCAUUUUAUUCCUCCAUCUCAAGGACUUCUUACCACAAUAGAUAAUCAAGCUCCGCUGCCGACACCCCAGCGGAAUUGUCCCCUUGAAAAGACUGCUCCGAUUGUACAGGGGAUCAAACUUCUCCGCUUGCCUCCUCCUCAGUCUCAGUCUCGAUCUCCUCCUGCCCCAGUGAGGGAGGCCUGGGGUCCGAAUUGGUAUAAGCCUACUACCGGUAUGUACAGGAGAUCUGAGCACUAUAGGAGGCGUGCUGAGCCAACAACGCAAGCCCAGCAGCGAAAUCUGAAUCACUACAGCACACAAACUCAAGCUUACACUAUAUCAGAAACCAGCAGGAGAGAACGAGAAGCAGUCCAUCUGCCGCCUGCUCCCAACGCGGCAGUGUCGGAUAUGGGACUCCCACUGCUGCGUUUUCCUCCUGACAUCCAGGUUCAACCCAUCCAGCUGCCCCGCAUCCCACUGCCUACAUCCAUUAAGCUGAACACAGCAGUAACCGUAGCCAAGGGCAGCUUUCACAAACCACAGCUACUGCGUGUUGAUCCUGAGCCAUCUCGUACUGGUUUGAGCUACAGCACUCCUCCUCGGCCCACUCCUCGCCUCAUCCCGCUGGAGGAGCUGAUGGCCUGGGCAGCGGGAAAAAAACAGGACGCGAACGCCAAGCUCCAACUCCUGAAGGCAGACCCAACGACGCAGAUCAAACUCACGGCCACGCCCUCCAGAAAAAGGCAUAAAAGGAGAGAGGAUAAAAAGAGAGAGGAAAAGGUUGUGUCCUUCAGACCAGAUGAUUCUGUAAUCCCUCCAUCUCAGGAGCCUGCAGAAGACAAAUCUACUUCAAAUGAUGGCUAUGCCGUUCCUAUAGCUGCACCACUGUCAGACUUGACACGCUCCCUUCACUUUGGCUCUUCAGGCUCCUUCGAGUCAAUGUUGGCUGGUCAGAGGCUACUGGCUGAAGCUCAGGCCACAUCAGCAGAGCUUCACGCUUUUGCAGCCACACACAAACGACCUCCUGAAAUCCAGGACGCCUGCACCAACACGGACCCUGCCUCACCUCGCAGCACCACUGAUAAAGCCGUUUCAGCAAAGCUUCCUGUCUCCCCUGGUUCUCCAUCUGCAUGUUCUGGACAUGUGGACAUUAAUGUUGCUCCCGCUGCUCCCCCUGAAGUGUUCCUGAACCUUCCCUCCUCUGAGAGAAUGGUUCCAGAGCAGCCAGAGAGCUCCGUUCACAUAGAACCAAAAGCCCAUGCGAGGGGUCAGGAGCUCAUCAGUGUGAUCGACGUGGAGGAUGGCUCUCGAUUACUCGGCCUGCCCUCUUCCCAAACCCCUGUCCAGCACCAAUCCUGUUCUCCACCAACAUCUGCUCAGCUUCACCUUCUAGCAGCUUCUGUGACCAACUCGACCCAGACCAACACUGAGAUCAGACCAGAUGAGCGCACUGCGGAAUCGCCAGGUUAUUCAUUAACUUGCACUCCUCCUCCACUUGUGCUGUCAAUGCCAGAACCCAGCGGAGAUCCAAUCACAGUAAAGGUGCUGACUGAAUUCGGGACACAACAGGAGGCCGUGCCAGAGGGACGCUUGGUAGACCAGGCGUUUUCUCGAAGCCAGGUCUCAGCUUGUAUCUCUGAUAUGGAUGCCCGACUGGCAGCUCUCCAGAGCAUCGCCGACCACAUGGACAGAGAAUUUGCCAACACCAGGCUGCUGGUAAAUACCAUAGACGCUCUCACGCCUGUUAUGAUGGCCAGUGUGGAAGAGGAGUCUUAUUCCAGCCUGAUGAGAGCUACAAAGAAAGCAAAGAGACGCACAGCUCGAGUGAACAUGGAUGAGGAAGAAGAAGAGCAGGGCGAGAGACGGGUUUUGUCAUCCACACCAAAUGGUGUUGUCCCUCCAAGUCAGAGGGGGCACUCCUCUCCAUACCCAGCCUCUCCGUCCAGACAGAACCCGGUCCACCAAGGCCACGUUACUCCUACAGUGAAAUCAGAGCAGCCUCUCAGGGAUGUAAACCAAGAAUUGACUGAAUCAUCGAUGGAGAAUUCAGGAUUGCUAGCUGAAAAUCUUUUGGCCCUGACUGGACUGAGUGAUGUUGCGGACAUCUUGGGAGAUUUAGUGAAAGACGGGGCGCUUUCACCCUCGGCACUCCUUCGCUCUCCCUCGGUGACCUGGACGAGAAGCAUGCCAGAGGAGCAACAGAGGAGAGGCGUGAUGGAGGAAGAGAGGAAGGAGCUGAGGAACUGGAUGAGGAGGAAGCAGCGAGAGAGACUGGUCGAGUACCACAAACAGAGGGAGGAGAAGAAAGAGAGGGAACGUGUUCCUUUCACUCCUCGUAAUCCACUGAAUCUUUCCACUAGAGACCUGGCAAAUAACAGGAAAGUUAAAGAGGAGAAGGACAAGGCAGUUCUCCUGGAGCACCACUCCCAGAGAGCACAUGAGGCCUGCAGGCUCAUCACAGACAUGCUUACUACCCCACUCAUCCUCCCUGCUGCUUCCAACAGCACCACCAAGACGCAAGACUCCCGGCCUGGGAGUCGGAGCCAAUUUCAAGGGCCUGUGCGGAAAAGCCCUAAGAGCCAACGGGGACGAGCGCGCUCUGCUUCAACAUUCGGGAAGACUGUGGUUCUGCAGAAGAGAGGUGCAUCAGCUCCACCUGGGACCCUGAGCAGCAGAUUUGGACUCCAUAGACCUGUGAGUGCACUUCCUGGUGACCGGCUGUCCCAGGUAACACGGCGAGGCAUGCUGACAGACCUAAGAGGAAGACCGAGGGUGAAAACGACCGUCCAGCGCGUCAAAACUGGGUUCAAUAAAUCCCCAAUGGAGCUGAAGGCUGUAAGACAGCAAGAGGAGUCCUGGUUAGAAGACAAAGAGGAAAGAGACGUGGUGAGUCCGUGGGACGUUCCUCCCGUGAUCCGAAGAAUUCUUGGACUUGACAGCCAAGCCAAGGAACAGACAAUCCAGGGCUUGGUGGAGAAUAACGAUGACGACUGGCUGGGCGCCCUUUCAGAAAGCACCAGCAGCAUUUUGUGUAAGAUGGACUGGGAAGCCAUUGAGAGGAUGGCGGCUGAAGGAGGAGAUGCCUGACUCGAUGAAAGGAAGGCUAUAAAAAGCUUAAAGUUAAAAAGCAUGAACAUGUGUGAUUUGGAGUUUACAGCUGCUACACACACCUGUGAGUGUUAAUCAUUGUGUGUCGUUUUAGCUUUUGUAUCUGGAUCUGUGAGGGUCCGUAAGUACGCUUGUAGCAUUUUAAUAAUCUAUCAGGUACUUUUAUUAAAUGCUAAAUAUGGUGAAUAUAAAAUUCUAAUGUACAGGUGAAAAGUGAAAUAGACUGAACUACUUGUACUUUUUUUUUUAUAUUGAAAGUACAUAUAUCAAAUACUUUAAUUUAUAUUUUUAGCAUUAUCUGGUUUUA